GUCAUAUGACUUUUUAUGUGACUUGCAUUUCCUCAUCCAAUCUGCAGCUCGUCAGUCAGCCAACCUCGUCCACAACGACCACCGCUUGGCUCGUUUUUUCUUUCCCUCCUGGCCAGCCAUCAUGUUCCGAUACUUUUCUUUACUUCUUGCAUUUGGAUGCGUAAUCCAUCCGUCACAUGGCACAGAGGUGAUGGUGAAAGACAAAGACGACAAGUUGUGCCUUUACGCCAACCUCAUGGUCAAUUUCUCAGUUUCGUAUGAGGCAGCUGACAAUAAGAGCAAUACAGUGCAGUUUGAGCUCCCUGCCAAUGUCAUGUCAGACGGCAGUAAAUGCGAGGAAACCAACUCCAUGCUGAAGCUCGACUUCGGAGCAGGCCACUCCUGGAGUGUGAAAUUCACCAUCAACGGGAAUGUGUACCAGGCGGACUCCAUCACGUUCUCGUACAACCUCAGCGACUCCACAAUCUUCCCUAAAUCUGCGUCAAACGAAACUGUUUCUGUGAUCGUGAGGCCUCACAUCACUGACGUCAGCAUGGACACCUGCUACUCCUGCAACAGCAAAGAGACCAUUCAGGCCGAGUCGGUCAAUCAGACCCUGUGGAACGUGCUCAUCCAGGCUUUCAUCAGCAACGGCACACAGAGCAAGAACUUGACCACCUGUGCUGCAGAUCUGCCCACCCCUACUCCCACCGCACCCGACACCACCACAGUAGCUCCGGUCACAAACGUCACCACCUCUGCCCCUCCUUCUACAACCACACCCACUCCAACCCUCCCUACGCCCUCCACCGGGAAUUACAGCAUCAAACCGGAUGAGAACAGCACAGCCUGCCUGUUGGCAAACUUCGGCCUACGAAUCGGAGUCAAGCAAGGAGAGAAGUAUCAGGAGAUCAACCUGGACCCCAACAGGACCAGUGUGUCUGGAUCGUGUGGCGGCAACAGCAGCGAGCUGGUGUUGGUGUCUAGUGCUAUGACUAUCUCGUUCGCAUUCACCAAUGACACCAAAAAAUUCCGCCUCCAGGGAGUGAAUGUCACCGCAAAACUGAGUUCCGGCACGGUCUUCUCUGAGGGGAACAGCAGCUUGAGCCUGUGGGAGGCGUCUGUGGGCAGCUCGUACAUGUGCAACAAGGAGCAGAACUACACCAUCACCGGCCAGCUCAACGUCUUCACGUUUGACCUUCAAGUGCAGCCCUUUGAAGUGAAGAAGGGCCUUUUCAGCACAGCCCAUGAGUGUCCAUUGGAUGACACCAGCAUCUUAAUCCCAAUCAUUGUUGGCGCUGCUCUGGCUGGCUUGAUUGUCAUUGUAGUGAUCGCUUACGUGAUUGGUCGAAGAAAGACUUAUGUUGGAUAUCAGACCCUUUAAGAAGCCACUUUGCAGAUCACCCAUCAAAUAUGGCAGGGAAGCCUGGUCCUUGGAUUCAUGUGCAAUGAACUCAAUUGGCUCUUGACAAUUUAGCCCCCUUCGGAAAUGUGUUUUCUUAUACCUGUCAAAUAAAUUGAAGUUGUUAUGAGAUGUUAACAUGCACAAAGAGCAUUUCCGAGAGUCUGCAGGGACAAUAAUAGUUUGUUUGUUUUUUUCCCCAAGGACCAAACUUGUCUGUGCCCCAUUUUUGUUUUAUUCUGUUUUUGUUCUUCAUUCUCCAAUGUUUUUUUGUGAAGGAGCAAAUGCAAAAUUUACAUUCGUUAGUCCCAACCCAUGUCAAAUAUAAUGCCAUCAGAUUAAAGGCAUAAUCUUGUCAGCAUUUAAAAUAAAUAACAUACAGCACAGAAGGUCUUUGUUUAGAUGCAACUUCACAAUCUUGCAUUGCUCUGCAGAGACACCUUUUUUUGGUUUCCUCUUACAUGAUUUAAUCUCUUUGCACAUUUUCUUUUACAUUUUCUUCCUUUAUUUUUGUUUGACUUAACAUCCCCUUAAUCAUUUACAUUGAAGACGAUGAAUAUUUCCUUUAGGAUUCAGAUGCAAAUCUUUCACUACAGUAUAAAAAAACCCCAAGAAGAUAGUUAAGCGGCUGUCUUUGCAAAAACAGACAGUAACAAAGGGUGAAAGCGUGCACUAUCAGGAAAGCAGUGAAAGGAAGCAUUAGCCAAUGUUUGCCCCUGCAGAGCGGGAGCAACAUUUAGAUUUGUGUUGGGUUAGUGUUCGAACGUCCGACAGACCUUUUUGUCCCUCCAACCCCCAGAAGACGUUUUGAUGUGUUUUAGCUGAGAAAAAUCAGAAACAAUCAAACCAUUGCAGAGAUACAUCACAGCGUCUGCUGCUAAAAGGGUCUGUGGACACUUGCACACUUGUCAGUCUAAAGAAGUGUUUUCCAUAAAUGUGCUAGACACUAGGUUCUGAAAAGGGAAGCCAUUGUGUAGAUACUUUCAUUUAAGAUAGAUGUUUCAUGUAAAUGCACUAAGAUGCUAUUUUACCUUGUUUUUUCUUUGCAAUUUGUACUUGGAAACUGUGUCAGAUGAUGAUGACGAUAAUAUGCUGUGUUCCAGGCUCUGAAGGCUGCAGUCAAGUUAAUAUGUAACAUGGUCGUGUGACUGCGAGUGUUGCAUUAGUCUCAUUUGAGUAUCGCAACAUGGACGAAUCCCAAUUUGAGAUACAGCGACACACAAACUGAGGGUGCAUUCGCCCACCACUUCUCACAUUGAAGCUGUGGUGCAGUUGUGGUUCAUUCAAAGUGACUAUUGGCAAGAUCUGUGUCACAUCAGAUGGGAUUAAUUAUGAUGAAUUGGACGCAUAUAAAACUUUUCAGUAACACAAGGAAAAGAAAAAUCCCAGUAUUGUUUCUAGAUUGUUCUCAUGCAAACAUGCCCGGAGUUGUAAUGAACUUUAUGGGCGUUUGUGUGUUGCACCUGAACCAAAAAUGUUGGUGUGACAGCAUCCUCACCAAUCCAGGAGGCAGCGCUGCAGCGCUAUCAGAACCUCAGGAGAACAGCAGCUUGUGUGUUGUUGUUGGGUUUUUUUUUUUUUUUUGUGGUUUUCUUUUUGCAACGAUAACAAGCAAGCGUGACACUUGUGUGUUGCUCUUUUGUUUUGGUGCUACAAAGGAGUAUUAGCUGUAACCCAUAAAAAAAGAAAAUAUAAAACUAUCCCAAAUUCUGUUGUAAAGUUACAAGAAAAAUGUAACAUUCAGAGAAUAAAGUUGUACCAUUAUAAUGUUAUAAAGUUACAAGAAUGGAAUCAGACAAAAUUUGUAAGAUUAUGAGGGAAAAAAGUCAUAAAAUUACUGGAAUAACAUCUGAAAAUUGCAAGAGAAGCAUGUUAGCCACAAAGCCAGGAGAUACAGAAGAUCUGGGUUCUCCGCUUGGGCGUCUCUGCCUGCAGUUUGCAUGUUCUCUCCUUGCGUGUGUUUUCUCCGAGUACUCCACAUUCCAAAAACAUGCAUGUUAGGUUAAUUGGCGACUCUAAAUUGUCCAUAGGUAUGAAUGUGAGUGUGAAUGGUUGUCUACAUAGCGGAAUAGAAAAUGGAUGGAUGGAAAUUGUUAGAUAAUGAGAAAAAGUCUGAAUGCUACAAGCAAAAAGUCGUAAAGUUGCAGGAAUAAGGUCAUAAAGUCACAACAGUGCGUUUGGGAGAGUGAGGGGAAAAGUCAUAAUGUGACAAGAAAAAUGUCAUGUUAUAAGUAACAAGACAGUUCUAAUAUUACAAGAUUAUACACAGAACAUUACCAGAACAGAAUUUAUAUUAUGAGAAUAGUUGUUUUUUUUUUUUUAUUUAUUUUGAGUUUCAUAAUAUGAGAAUAAGAACAUUAUGACAUUUUGCAGUUAUGUUACAUCUUUAUUCUACUACAUUUAUGACCUUUUCCUCCUAAUAUUCACAUGUUAUUGUCUGAAAACGUAAUGAAAUAUAAUAUUUUGGACUAAAUAAAAAAAAAUUUAAAAAGCUUUUCUGGAACCAUUUCAACUUAAUUCUCAUUACUGAUGUUUUUAUGCCUAAUACUCCUUUGUAUGUUUAAAACUAUCAUUUUAAAAUGUUGCUUACCCAGGACUUGGUGCGUGUAUGUGUGUGCAUUUGAGCAAUCGCAGCAACGCACACGGGAGCUUGUGACCAACCGCCGCUCAUAUUUUCAGCUUUGUGCCUGUUUGACGCAACAUUUUCUCACUUUGUCACAAAAUCAGCCACUUCCGUAAUAAUCGUGCCUUUGCUCAGUAUAAGCAUUCAUGAUUCCUGCUAAAGAGCUCAUUUUUGGCUUGUUAUGAUUAGUGAUUUCUCCCUCAGUGUCGCACAUGAUAAACAAAGGGAAUCUGUGUGUCAUGAUGCUAUCACAAACUGGAUUUCACAGACUUGAUCUUUUUAAUAUUUUUGGAGAUUCGUGCAAAUAAAAGUGUUGCUGUCCUGGCUCA